AUGCUCGAUCCACCGCAUCAGUCUGGCUAUACCAGGCGCGGUUCCUACCCCAGGCGUGGGAGAAUCUCAUUCCAAGUCCUCAUUAUUGUGUUCAUCUUCGGUUACUUCUGCAAGACGACUCUAUACUCGCUUGAAGACUACUAUGCGGGAGACUGCAGCUCACAUUCCAAAACAUCCUCUGGGGAGCAAGAGAGGCCACAGCAUACAUCAUCAGAAGCAGCCUCGUAUGUGGGCUGGGAAAAGCCAGUCGAUUACGACUUUGGCCGAGACCAUAAUGAUCACUUCGUUCAAGCACUGGAGGAUAUGUUUUCUAUGUUACCGGACGAGCUUGAUCUCAAAGACGCGGUCGCGCCCAUCGAAGGAACGGGCGAGGAAAAGGUUAGAGAAGUUGGCGCUCGAGCGCGAAUUUUCAAACAAGCCUUCGAAGCCUGGGAGGCUCUUCAUCUUUUUCCCAUUCGAGGUCGGAUGUUCGUGCGUCAGGACACUUUGCAGUAUCUCAAACGAAGUCCCAGUCUAGUGUCUCGCCUGCAACUGGAUCACGCGAGUAUCCUUCAUCGGUAUGAGGACUUUCACUCCUUUCUUACGCGAUUGUCGACGCUCCUUUUUUCUUGGACGGUCCCCUACUUUCCAGACCUGACUAGUCUUCACGCGCAACUUUGGAGUGGGGGUCGGGGCAUCGUCUUGACGGGCGGAGACCGUCAGGCUGCCUAUCUGUUGACUUCUGUUCAAUCCUUCCGAACCAUUGGCUGCGACUUACCUGUCGAGAUAAUGUAUCUCGGGGAUGAGGACCUAGGACCAGCCAACAGACGCAAGCUGGAAGCAAUCGACGGAGUAAUCACUCGCGACCUGAGCCCGAUGGUCAACGACAAAGGGUGGAAGCUCGCCGGAUGGGCUCUCAAGCCAUUUGCGAUCCUGCUCUCGAGCUUCCGCGAAGCCAUUUUCAUCGAUGCGGACUCCCUCUUCCUCCGUGACCCAGCAAUUCUGUUCCAAGAUCCCGAUUACAAGGAGACGGGGGCACUGUUCUUCAAAGAUCGAGUCAUUCAGCCAUCCUCGAAACGAUCGUGGCUGAAGAAGAUCCUGCCAGCGCCGGUAUCUAGCAAGAUCCGACAGAACCGUUUCUGGACGGGCGAGAGUAGUCAUAUGCAAGAGUCGGGCGUCGUGGUGAUUGAUAAGUGGAAGCACUUCGUAGCCCUGCUAGUCAUCACUCGCAUGAACGGUCCAGAUCGUGAUGGAAAUGAACAAGAAGGAAGAGUUGGCGUCUAUGAUAUGGUCUUUGGUGAUAAAGAGACAUUUUGGCUGGGCCAUGAGCUUGUUGGUGACACCAGUUAUGCUUUCCAUGAUGGCAAGGUUGCUGUAAUGGGAGUAGCGGAAGUGCAACAGCCAUCGGACGACCCCGAGAAAAAUAGCCACGAGCUACGAGACACCGAGCUUGAACAACACGAGGGAGCCUUCUCCAUCUGUGCACCACAGCUGGUACAUCUGGACGGGGCAGGCCGACCACUUUGGUUCAAUGGCUGGGUCCUCCCGAACAAGUUCUCCAACGACCCAAGUCUGCAACCGGUCAAUUUUGAAUCGUUCAUCAUCGAGCCAAGUACUAUCAAGGAUCCUGGUCCUUGGGAAAUGAAGGAAGACAAUGUUCUUUGCCUUACUUCAAAUCAUUUCUUGAACCUCACUACUGCUGAAAAGGACACUCUGAAUACUACCAUUCAGAUAGCGAGAAGGGUCGGUGCUAUUCGAGCUUCACGUGACAUAUAG